AUGGGAUCUCUUUCCCAUGAGAGAAAAUAUGAUACCUCUGCUCCUCCCUCGUCUCCUUGUGCGUUGAAGUACAUCGAGCAUCAUGUAUCCAAGUUGGACACACUUGCAUGCGUCGCCAUAAAGUACGGUGUUGAGAAAUCUAUUGCUUCACCUGGGCAUGGAAUUCUUGCUGUCGAUGAAUCAAAUGCUACAUGUGGAAAGAGGCUUGCUUCAAUUGGUCUGGAGAAUACAGAACAAAACCGCCAAGCUUAUAGACAACUUUUGUUGACCACCUCGGGUCUAGGUGCAUAUAUAUCUGGGGCUAUUCUUUAUGAGGAAACACUAUACCAAUCGACCAUAGAUGGAAAGAAGUUCGUGGACUGCUUACACCAUGAGAAAAUCAUGCCCAGUAUUAAGGUUGAUAAGGGUUUGGUCCCAUUACCUGGAUCAAACAAUGAAUCUUGGUGCCAAGGAUUGGAUGGAUUGGCCUCAAGAUGUGCUGAGUAUUACAAACACGGCGCACGUUUUGCUAAAUGGAGAACAGCUGUUAGUAUUCCUUCUGGACCUUCUACUCUGGUUGUUAAGGAGGCUGCAUGGGGACUUGCUCGUUAUGCUGCUAUUGCCCAGGUAAAUGAGACAACCUUUGCUAGUAUGCAUGACUAA